CUGUGAGAGAAAAUGAAACUGAAUCCUAUCAGUGUUCGCGGUAAAAUGGCAGAAGCCAGUGUCGCAGUGCAUCAGAACCAGUUCAGCUGUCCAAUCUGUCUGGAACUACUGAAAGAUCCAGUGACUAUUCCCUGUGGACACAGUUACUGUAUGAGCUGCAUUAGGAGCUGCUGGGAUCAGGAGGAUCAUACUGGAGUUUACAGCUGCCCCCAGUGCAGAGAGACCUUCACGCACAGACCUGCUCUGAAAAGAAACACGAUACUGGCUGAAGUGGUGGAGACACUGAAGAAGACUGGACUACAAGCAGCUACUCCUGCUGACCAUUAUGCUGGACCUGGAGAUGUGGAGUGUGACGUCUGUACUGGAAGAAAACACAAAGCUGUGAAGUCCUGUCUGGUGUGUCUGGCCUCCUACUGUGAAACUGACCUGCGGCUUCACAAUAAACUCCACCAUGCAAAACAGCACAAGCUCAUUGAUGCCAUCGGCCAUCUGAAGGACAAGGUCUGUUCCAACCAUGACAAACCCCUGGAGGUCUACUGCCGCAACGACAAACAGUGCAUCUGUCUGUUGUGUGUGAUGGAUGAACACAGAGGCCAUGAUACAGUCUCAGCUGCUGCAGGAAGGGCGGAGAUACAGAAAGAAAUGGGCAAAACACAGAAGAAUUUUCAGCAGAGUAUUCAGAUGAGAGAGAAGGAGCUGCAGGAGCUGAGAGAGGCUGUGGCCUCAUUCACAAGCUCAGCACAGUCAGCAGUGAAGGACAGCGAGAGGAUCUUCACUGAGAUGAUCCGCUCCAUUGAGAGAAGACGCUCUGAGGUGACAAAGCUGAUCAGAGAUCAGGAGAAGGCUGCAGUGAGUCAGGCUGAAGGAGACAUGGAGAGACUGAAGCAGGAGAUUGAUGAACUGAAGAGGAGACACUCUGAGCUGGAGCAGCUUUCACACACAGAGGAUCACAUCCAUUUCCUCCAGAGGUGCCAGGGUCUUCUUGUCACUCCUGAAGCUUCAAUUGGACCCAGAAUCUCCGUCAGUCCACAGUGCUCUUUUGAGAAUGUGAGGAAUUUGGUUUCUGAACUGAAGGAUCAACUGGAGAAUGUUUGCGAAAAGAAAACAACAGAGAUAAAUCACACAGUUACCAAAGACACCGUCCUACCGGUAUUAGUGCCCAGGACCAGAGCAGAAUUCUUACAAUAUUCCUGUCAGCUCACUCUGGACCGCAACACAGCAAACAGAAACAUCUGUCUGUCUGAGGGGAACAGAGUGGUGACAUGCAUGAGUGAGAUUCAAGUGUAUUAUAAAUACCAGCAGAGGCAUGACACAAGCCACCAAGUGCUGUGUACAGAGGGUCUGACUGGACGCAGCUACUGGGAGGUUGAGUGGAGCGGGCGUUCAGUCAGUAUAGGUGUAGCAUAUAAAGGGAUCAGCCUGAAAGAAGUUGGUUAUGACAACAGGCUUGGAUACAAUGACAAGUCCUGGUAUUUGUCCUGCUCAGCCUCCAGUUACUCAUUCUGGCACAAUAAUUUGCAAACUGCAGUAUAUGGCUCCCAUUCCUCCAGGAUAGGAGUGUACCUGGAUCACAGGGCAGGAACUCUGUCCUUCUACAGCGUCUCUGACACAGUGACCCUCCUGCACAAGGUCCAGACCACGUUCACUGAUCCCCUCUAUCCUGGGUUUCAGGUUGAUGGCAGUACGAUCAAACUGUGCUAAAUGGGUUACACCAAAUCUCUUUAAAUUUGGUGUAUUUAGGAUUUUGUGUAAAAAGUGGAAAUAAUUAAAAAUAAACACAACUGUUAACUAAUAGCAGUGACUGAGGGGUCUAAAGGGUUGGAAUGUUGUCCAUGGCAUAGAAACAGUAUAUUAGCACUGAUGGAAAAUUGAGCACUGACUGUCACUGGUGGCCAGUGUAUUAAAAGUCAGACAGUAGUAAAUACUGCUGUAACAGCUUGGAUUAAUUUCAGUCUAGAUUUAACCGGUCAGGAGAUAUAGAAGAGAUUGUAGAAACCUGCAGUGUAGCAUUUCCCCCCAUUUAAUGUCAGAUGCUCUGUGCAGUAGGUAGAAAUAGGCACCUUCCUACCUAAUGUGGUAGGUCUAGGUCUUACACCUUAAGUUUUGUUUAUGCUGGCUGUGUGAACUUGGACUAUAUUGCACAUUCAGAACAUUGCUGUUUGGGGGGGGGGGGGCUCCAUAUAACAGGGCUACCAUCACACCUUCUGCUUUUGGCCGACUGUUCAUUCAGACAUGAUUUUAUCCUCAUUACUUGUGCUGUCACCACUGUUGUGAUUAUGACAUAAUACAUGAGUCCCAUCUGAUAAUGGGACAAGCAUAAAUGUCUGUUUAAGACAAAUAUAGUCUAUUUCAAUUUCAAAUGUGCGUGUGGUUUCUGGUUUGCCUCUCAUCAGUAAUAAUAAGGUAUGACAAGUAUUUCAAUGCCAUGAACAACAUGUAAGAAAAAGACCCAUUGGAAUAUAAUGACAUUUCACAGUGGUGUGAAUUGCUGCAACUUAUAUUAAUAGCUUGCAAUAUGCAGCCAGUCUGUGGUGUUGUAGUUUGACUAUUUCCAUUAGCAAAAGCAGCCUAUGUUUGCAUUACGAUGUUAAUUUCUACGAGAUAUUUUGAUUUAGUUUUAGUCUUAGUGCUUUGACAAAAAUGCAACUUACAGGAUACAAUGACAGGAUAUUUAGUCGACUAAAUCUAAAGCAGAUUUAGUCAAUUAAAUCUACAGUAAGCACAAUCAAAUGAAACUCAUCUAGAUUCCUGAAGGUAACAUAUGUAAAGCUGUCAUUAUAGCAUGCCAUUAGGUUUGAACAUUUUUUAAGUUUUUAAGGACCUUAAUAUAACUGUUGUAAUGUGAAACAUUGCAGUUCUUUCCAAUUUUAAAUUGGCUUUAUAUGAACUUUAUUCAUCAUCAAAUAAAAACAAAAAUAAAAACAAAA